AAUAAUGACGCAACAGAAAUGAUUCAGUUAUUAGACUCGGGUUUAGAUCCCAACUUUGAAGGAGGUUGGCCAAUCCGACUAGCUGCUCGACAUGGAUCUUGUUCUAUAGUCAAAACACUUCUUGAUUAUGGUUCUAAUCCUCAUUUACUUAGUGAAUCAGGAGCCUCAACAUUACAGUUAGCAGUAUACUCAAGAAAGCACUGGUUCUCAGACAAAUGGUGUUUUUUAUUGUCUUCUUGUGAUUCCUCUCAGUUGGCAGAUGGAGCAGCAGUGGCUAUUAUUUUUCAAAAUAUCGCUGCCUUAGAAAAAAUUGUGGGAACUGGUCGAUGCAAUACAAAUAUUCCUACUUCUUUGACAGGUAAAACGGUGGAGGAUCUAGCAAAGGGAUAUAAAUUACAGCAUAUAUUUGAUACACUAACUGAAAAUCAAGUCCGAUACUUAACUCCUCAUUCUUCACCACGGGUUACCCAUAAUUCAAGGGAUACAAGAGCAGCAUUGACACCGACGCAAGAACCUAUCAGAAAUAUCCGAAAUUUGUCGCCGUCAGUAGCUCAGUUCUUUAACCAAACAUCAACUUCAACUCCAAGAAGUAAUUUAGUAGUCAUUUCUCCAACAACAGAACAUAUUCAUAUUUAGAAAAAAAUAUGAUUUGAUACUAUUAUCAAACGUAGUUAGUAAAUAAAAAAUGUGACCGACGACUAACGUGGAAAUGCGUGCAGUGACAUGCGAGUUUUUCGUAAUGCUUACUUUAUUAAAAAUUUAUUCGUAGUCCCAAAAACAUCAGUUCGUACAGAUGAAAAGUUUCUCCUCAAUUUGACGUCCAUUGUAUUGUAUGUACAUAUUGUAAAUUAGCUUAGCCCGGUUAACUUAAAACUUGAAAAUAAAGAGUACUUACCUAAUUACAUAAUGAGACAUAAAAUAUUUUCUAUUAGUUAAAUAAUUUUUUUUUUCAAAACUGGGUAACAAAAUACUAUACGAUACAAAAUUUAACCAUUCACUUCAAUUACAACAGAUGUUUGGGUUCACGAAUAGAAAUAUAACUUGUACCUACACUACUGAAAACAAUCCCUUUUUCGUUUUUUCAAUGUUAGUCCUAUAAUUUUGUAGGUUGAUACCAGUGUUUUUUGGGAAUAAGCACAUAAUAGGUUCGUUGCCAUGAAAAAAAAUCGAAAACCAUUUGCGGAAUUAUUUCAAUAGAUCAUAAAACCACCGAGAUUCUCGAGAUUUUGACAAUAAAUGGGGUAGGUACUUAAUUUUUCACAAGGCAGCAGUUCUUAGGUAGUCUUAUUACAUCUGAGUAGGUCUAGGGACUGUAGUAUGGUAGUCCGGCCAUACAGCAUCACACCCGGCACGUGCUUCCAUGGCUCAUCUUAACUUCAUAUGUACACCUAUGGGAUGUAAUUGUAAGAGGUAGGGAACUUGUUUAGAUUUGUACUCCUAAUCUUAUACUUUGACUUUGAAAAUCAAUGUUAUAAUUUUAAAGUAACCAACCAGUACAGAGCUAGUUUUACUUUAGUUAUUUAAGGAAACUACCUAUAGAUAGAGUAAAUUAUAAAGUUGUUACUAGGUAGCUGUUGCCUGCGACUUAGUUCGCCGAAAAAGUUCACUGCCUGUUUGUUAAGAGGGGUAGGGGGAGAAACUUGUACCUAUACGAGUUUUUAAGUUGGACCAAGCUUAACACAACUGAGACAACAACAUUAAAAUCGGAGCAAUAGUUUUUACGGGAUGCGAGUACAAACAAACAGACAGAUAGAAAUUCUAAAAAUCACAUUUUCGGCUUCGGUCUUAUAGAUUCCCUUUAUAAAAUUUUUGCCAAUAUCUUUUAUGUAAAGACAUAGGCCAGUUAAAAUUUAUAGGUAUAGAUUAGAAGACACAUCAUCAGAUUUUUCUAUGUGCAACAAUGACUUAUAAAUUAUCUAAGUAGGUAUCAUUGCAAUUCAUUAGGUCCUUACAUCUAGGAACUUGAAAUGGAGCGGCAAUACAGCCUGGUGGUAUUCAAUUAAUUAGUAAACUUUUGCAAUUAGUGUUUUAUCGACAUUAUUUCAUCGGGGUAACUAAAUAGUUAAUAAAUAUUAAUUAGAACAUAAAUAUUUUUUUGCAGUGAACAUUCUGGAUAGCUUAACAACUGGACAACAAAAGAUCAUAAAUAUAGCGCUUGGAUCAAUAAAUAACGCAGGUAAAAAUAGACAACUUCCUUAGCAUAUAAAAACCUCGUGGCGAACAUAUUGUGUAUUUUUUCUAGUUUUAGUUUCUGAUUAGCUUACAUAAAUUCCGGACUGCUUUAAUGAUUAUUCUAUCAUAGGACCAUCUAGGUGCGAAAUAAAAUGUAUGAGAAUUAAUUAGGUACACUUAUAUGUGAUUCAAUCAUACAAAACUUAUAAAACCAUUACCACAGACCCGAUCACCUCAGCCAGCUAAAAGAUACUAAGUAUAUUAUAUUUAGAUGAAGUUUAUUCAUAAGUUUGAGUGCUAACCAAUGGUCUUACGGUGGGGAAAACAUGGUGAGGAAACCUGCACGUUCAGGUAUCUGGACUUGUAACCAAGGUAGGUACCUUACCCAUAUGGAUCAUCCAUAAACCCAUGAACCUUACUAACUCUAGGUAGGUUCCAUGGUAACGAUUGCGGAGGCGGGUGUAUAAACCGGGACUAACGCCAGAAGGAAGAUUAAUUAAACCUUAUUACCUAUUUAAUUUAACAGACUACAAAAAUAUUGCUGUGGAGGGAACAGUUUUCUACAAUCUUUUUACAGUACCUAUAGAUAACUUAUUAAAAACUCAAUAUAAAUCUUUAAUCUUUCGUCACACUAUGCCGCACUGCGCUUACCUAUACUUACUGAAUGACGCGCUACCAUACUCAUGUAAACCUGCGUACUUAUUUUCAUGUAUUUUUAUUGCUAUUGAAUGAUAUUCUAGCAUCUACUUACAUUCUUUAAUGUAUCCGCCUAACCGGUGGCUGCAAUUGGUUUGAAACGUUUAUCUCUCUCUGUUAAUUAUUAGGUACAUCUAUCUGGUAAUUUAUUAUGAAUAAAGUUGAGUCUGAAAUUUAAGUUCUUAUAUGUUUGUAAAUGGUGGAUUUUUUACUUCUUUGAUACUUUCAUUGAUGGUUAGUGACCAAUGUGUGUCCCAACUAUUGGUGGUGCUGUCGUGAGAUUUCAAAUUAUUAAAAAUGUAACACAGUAAAACAAAUUUUGUACAUAUACCUAUUGUGAAUUACAUUUAAAUCAACAUACAUUUAUUUCUUUUAU